AUGCCGGAUUGGAGAAUCUACCACCCGUCCGGUACCUUCACUGAUCCGGAUCAAAGAGAGAAACUCUCACAGGCCAUUACCUCGAUAUAUACACGUGUCGGACUCCCCGCAUUCUACGUUGUUGUCUUAUUCAUUGAGAUGCCUUCAGCCACUAUGUACCGAGCCGGAUUUCCAUGUUCGACGAAAGGGAAGAAACCCUUUGUAAGGCUUACAUUCAGCCAUAUCGCUAGGCACUUUCCUCCUGGCGAGAGUCCUCAGAGGACUCGCUUUAUGAACAACGUCCACGACACAUUGAAGCCCUUUAUUGCCGACAAAGGUUAUGACUGGGAGGUCAAUGGCGAGGAGCUCGAACGUGAAUUUGUGCACAUCAAUGGUCUUAGGAUUCCUCCUACUGGCUCCGAGGACGAGAAGAGGUGGUCCCGGGACAAUGAACCGUCUCCUUGGGGUCCUUAUCUCACAGAGUAG